AAGCCCGAGUUUUUUAUACACACCAACUGCUAGCGUUGCUUUCAGUUUCGCUUCAGGGCGCUGAGCUUGACUUCCGCGAAUCCUUUCACCUUCUCAUACUGACAAUACAGUGAAGUGAACAUUAUUUCGAAAUAUUUCCUCUGUUAAGGUUGUGUGUGUGUGUUUUUUUUUUUAAAGAGUUAGUUCCCAUCAUGUCGUCUAUGGAGGAGCAGAUAAACGGAGAGCAGCUUGUUCAACAGCCAUCCAAAGACCAGCAGUUGAGUGAUGCCAAGCAGGAGCUGGAGAAAUGGAAAAAAUUAGUAGAGAUUGCAGACACAGAAAAAUCCAGGUUGCUUCUGGAGAAAAUGGAUACGGAUGAGGCAAAGAAAAAAGCCCAGCAGGAGACCACAAAUGUGCUCAAUGCUGAAGAAGAACUUACAGCCAGGUUCAACAAAACAGUGAAAGAUAUACAGGUGGAAAUAAAUAAUAUUACAAAAGCUAACCAGGACCUGCAGAAAAAACUACAGCGUUAUAAGGAGCAGCUCAAAUCUAAGAAGUCAGAAAUGGACAAUUUGCAACAGAGAUUUAAGAUCAAAGCUCAGAUCCCGGAGAAAAGAAUGAAAUAUACUCACGAACAAAAUGAGGAAGAUGAGAGUGAUGAGCAAGAGCAUGCUGAUCAGGAUAUCAGGGCAGUGUUCACCAUCAUCCAAAGACCCUCCUUUGUGUUGAAAGGUGGGGAAGCUCUCAUCACGUUUGAGGAAGAGAAAGUGGCGGAUCAGAUCCUCAGGCUGCCGAAGUGCACUGUGGCAUGCGACAAAACCAGGAGUGAAGUAAAGCCAAGCACCUUAACUCUUGAGCCCUCUGCGAAAUUUGAGGUGCAUAUCAGGGUGUCCAAGAGGACCAUUGAGUUCUCAGACGCUGUUGCUUGUCUGCCUGAGGAACGAAUGAGAGACCGCUUGGAGCUGGGCUUCUCGAAACCAAGCCGUGGUGGAGGCGAGGUGGAGAGAAUGGAAUAUGACAUGAAGACUGGAGCAGGCCGCGUUACCUUCCUCAAUACUGGAGUUGCAGAGAAUUUGACCCAUAGGGGAAAUUUCUACAUAGAUACCAUUAACGAGAUGGAAGUCAGCGUGGCUCCACUUUAUGACUACCAGCUGAAGAAGUUUCAGACAUUCUCAGGGGUGCCAAAGCGUACCAUACUGCUUAGAGGCAUUCAGGAUGUAAGCGAUGAAGAAGAUAUGCAGGACCAUCUGGAGAUCCAUUUCCAGAAGCCCAGCAACUAUGGCGGAGAGGUAGAGAGCAUUAAAUAUAUCUCGAGUGGAAAGAAACUGAGAGCUUUCUUCAGUGAGGACUGCGCCGAAGUGGAAGCCCAAUAAGCAAAUUGUCUGCAGAUACUGCACUCAUCUCUUAAGUACUGAGUGUCAAGCAGACUCUUUCCUAUAGCAAUGUUAUGCCAGAUUGAUCUUUUCCUAUACACAGCUCAGGUAAAUGUGGUAUCAUCAGGUAUAUCUUUAUUAAGGACUGGCUUAUGAUUUGGCUUUCUUUAAAAAAAAAAAAAGGCUCUUAAAAAUGGUAACCACAGUUAGCUUAAACAAAUAAUGUAACUCCACUCAAUAUUAUACUCAGAGAUGGCUUAGGCUAUGUGAAACAGAUGACUAAUUAUUGAACGUUGGCUAAAUUGGGUUUGGUGCACAAAGAUUGUCACAGAAAGAGUAUUGAUUAACAAAUUUUUAUUUCAAUAUUUCUGAUUCGUACCAUUAAUUAUUGGUAUUUUUUCUCUGCUUGAUAUUAACAAAGCUUUAUUCUUUUAAGUCAUGAAAUAAAUCUUAUUCUGUUGAA